AUGGCUCGGAGAUGGGCGCGCCGGAUCGAGCGCUAUUGCUGCAACUGUCUGACGUAUUUCCCGCUCGCCUUUGUCUACGGUCUCACCACCUGGGCCGUUUGGGUCGUGGUUAAUAUUGGUUCGAGUACGACAAGUAAACCCAUUUGGAUAGGAACCAAAUCCUCCAUCGUCGGCGUCUUUUUUUACAUAAUGCUCAACUGGUGCUACACAACAGCUGUUUUCACGAGCCCAGGUAGCACCACCAGCGAUACCGGCUACUCAACCCUCCCGACCGUUGCCCCACCACAAGCGACAUCUUUCACUGUCAAGUCCAAUGGCGAGAUCCGUUUCUGUAAGAAAUGCCAGGCGCGAAAGCCGGAUCGCGCCCACCACUGCUCAACUUGUCGACGAUGCGUGCUCAAGAUGGAUCAUCAUUGCCCUUGGCUCGCUACUUGCAUCGGCUUACGCAAUCAUAAAGCUUUCUUACUGUUUUUGAUAUAUACCACCAUAUUUUGCUUAUACAGCUUUGCCGUUUCCGGGUCUUGGGUUUAUUAUGAAUUACUCGGCCAGACCCAAUACAAUAAUACACUAAUGCCAGUCAACUUCAUCAUGCUAGCUGUCGUUUCCGGUAUCAUCGGACUCGUCGUCGGCGCAUUCACCGCUUGGCACGUAAUGCUAGCGGCUCGAGGCCAGACAACUAUUGAGUGUCUAGAAAAGACUCGUUACCUGAGCCCCCUACGAAAAUCAAUGCAGCAUCAGUACAUUGCGCAGCAUAAUGGCGAAGGUAUCCCGCUACCAAGAUAUGGGCAACAACUGUUAGAUAUUCAUGCAAAUGCUCUGCCAGGUAUCACGAGGCCAGAAGAAGGUGAGAUGAUCACGUCUGGGGAUAACAACGACGAGCACCGACACUUCUCGUACGAAGAAAUGGAGCGUUACCGCGCUCAGAAGAGAUACGAGGAAUAUUUAGACGAGCAGGAUUCUGAGAAGCUACCGAACGCUUUCGAUCUCGGCGCCAAACGCAAUCUACUGCAUCUUUUCGGACCCACUCCUACGCUCUGGUUUCUCCCUAUCAUGAACACGACAGGCGACGGUUGGAACUGGGAGGCGAGCCCUAAGUGGUUGGCUGCGACAGACCGUCUUGCAAGAGAGCGCGAAGAGCAGAGACGGAGAGAACGAGCCGCUGGUUGGGGUGAACCCGAUUCGAGCCCCCCGCGUAUUACCGUCGAACGAGCCACUGAAGCCAGUAGGCACUACGUGUCGUCACCCCCGACACCACAGUUCAGCAAUGGUGCUCGAAUUACGCCAUCCAAAGCAGACCGCGUACUUGGACGAGAUCCGAAUUUAUAUGUUGACGAGCCGACCACGUCUGUUUCGAUGCGAACUUUGAAUAAGCAGGGCGUAGAUAUCGAACAUGGAUACGACUCGAGCAGCAGUAGUAGUAGUGAUGAUGCGGAAUACGAUGAUCCCGAGACCAAGGCGAUGAAUUUGGUUACAAAUGGUGGUUGGGCAAAGAGUGGCGCUGCGAGUAGCCUACUGAAAAAGUUGCCUGCGAGAUACCAUACAAAGCCCGCCCCGCAGAAGGGUCCUGCCAAAUAUGAUGCGGAAGAUGAAGUGGACUGA